UGCACUGCCUGCGAUCCACCCUUCCGCCCGCAUUUGGGCCGGAGUGUUGAAUAGUUGAGACGAGAUAGACGCUUAGCGAGCGCAAAGUACGGAAUUGAGAGACAUCCCCAAAUUAAAUGGCCCCUCUAUCGUGCCGUUCCAGAGGGACAUGUCACGGGGCGGUGAUUGACCAUCAGGCUGAGGAGGAUGAGGAGGAUUGACUGAUCUUGAUCUAUACGUACCCCUUUUCGUUUACGAAGAGCGCCUAGUUGCGACUGAACUGAACUCCACCAACUAGAGGUCAUGCCAAUGAUGUUGUCUGAAUGUCGGGUGUUUGUCGUGUGGUUUGGUGUGGUUUGGUUGGCACUUGUGACUUUACAAUUUGACCGAGAAACAUUGACUUUGGAAGGAACUGAAUGGGGCCGUUUCUCGGCGGCAUCCAUCCGAAGCGCUGUGCAUCUUGGACAGACGUUUCCACGUUUCCAGUUUCCACCGUGUCUGAUUGCCUCGUGGUGGGUGGUGCGUCGCUGUGCACAGUCCAGCGCUUCGGCAAUCCUUAGGCACCAAGGCGUCUCGGCUGGUGCACGCGCUUGUCUAAGUCGCUCCUCUCCCCGUCUCUUGCUGGCACGCCCGCAAGGUCCAAGAGGCCCAAGAGGCCCAAGAGCCAACCAACAACAGGGUUUGAGGGUUCACGGAGAAUUGGGUACUUAGUAGUACCGUUACAGACUCUCCGACGGCACAAAGAACGAACCUGCGCGACCCCCGACUAGAAUGCUACUCG